AUGAAAGCAUUAUAUGUUACUAAAGAUUACAUCAAAAACGAAAUAAGUAAUAAUUCAAUCAUUAUAUUACAUAUUGUAUAAUACUUUUGUAGACACAUUUAUACAGUAAACAGUAAUUUAGAACAAAAAUAAUAAUUUUAAUACAAAGAAAUGAAAAUAAAACGAAAUAAGAAAUUAAAAGAAUUGCUACAUCCUAUAUAAAAGAUCGACUCCACCCAUCUUUAGUUUACCGCGAAAAUCGAAUAAAAAUAAUUUAUAUUUUAAUUAAAAUUUUCUGACAUUAAAAUAUUUAAAUUUAUACUGCUUGAAUAUAUUAAUAUACAUGUACUAAUAUUUGACUAUAAUAGAAUUGAAAGUGGAAAAAUGAUAUAAUAGAAAUAAUAUAGUUGAAAGUGAAAAAAUGUUAAUAUUUAUUAAUUAUUAGUCGCUUUUUACUUUGUAUUGAUAUUAUUACUAAUAGUAUUUAUGUAAAAUAUACUUCUUAAUUCUAAAAUUUUUUAAAAUUUAACUUAGAGAUUGAUAUUUCAAAUGCAAUGUAUAGUCUAAAUUAAACAUUUCUGUUACGUUGUGAUCUAGACAUGAGUUGCUUACUUCAUGCAAGUAACAACGUGAUCUUUUAAUUAAAAUAGAAAUUGAAAGAAAAUGUGAGGGACAUUGUCAAUAACAAUGAAGAAAGAUGUAUUAUUAGAAUUUUUAAAAUAAUUUAGUCUUCCAAAUAAUUUAUAAAUGUAUUACAUAGUUUUACUAAUAAUUAUGUGCUGUGAUUAAUCAUUUAUUGUAUCUAUUGCAGGUGAGUUAUAACAUUUGAUAACACAAAAUCAACUAUAAUAUGUUAUUGAAAUAACGUUACAAAUAUAUAUAUUUGAAAAAUAAAUUAUUUUUAAAUAAUCAAGCUCACAUUCUUAAAUUUAUUAUCAAUGAACCAUUCUUUGUUUUUAUUUUUAUUUAAUUAUUAAUUAAACAAUUUAUUAUAUAUUAUAUAUUUGACAACAAAUUGCACCUAGGGAUAUAAUAUUUCUAUUAUUUUUCUAUCUAUAUAAUCGUGGAAAGCAUUUAAAUUUUAUUUUCUCUUUCAGACAUGUCAGAACAUGUUGAACUGCAUCAUUUACUUGAUGUUGAUAUUGAAAAAAGCACAACAAUACAACAAAAACGAUUUUCAAUUCUAAUGUGCAAAUCAUGCCCUUAUCUUGGUCUAAUCUUAGCAACAUUAUCAUCAUUAUUUUUUUCAUUAUGUAGUGUUAUUGUAAAGGGUUUAGUAGAAGUAAAUCCAAUGGAAUUGGCAGCAUUUCGAUUUGUGGGUGUAUUACUACCAGCAAUACCAAUUGUAAUAUAUAAGGGCGAACAUCCAUUUCCAAAGGGCCGUAGAUUAAUGCUAGUAUUAAGAAGUUUUGUUGGGACCACUGGCCUCAUGUUAAGUUUUUAUGCAUUUCGGCAUAUGCCAUUAGCUGAUGCAUCUGUUGUAGUAUUUUCUGUUCCUGUAUUUGUAGCCAUAUUUGCAAGAAUAUUCUUAAAAGAGCCUUGUGGGAUAUUUAAUGUUAUAACAGUCUGUUUAACAUUAAUUGGUGUAAUUUUAAUAACACGUCCACCACUCAUCUUUGGACAUACUAUUGAAUCGCUUUCAGAUGGACACAUAAAAACACAACAUGCAGACUUAUGGGGUGCUAUAGCAGCUUUUUCCGCAACUCUUUUUGGUGCAAAUGCAUAUGUUUUACUUCGAGCUUUAAAAGGUCUUCAUUUCUCAGUAAUUAUGACAAAUUUUGGAUCAUUUGCCUUAAUUCAAACAAUAGUUAUAUCUUGGGCUAUAGGUGCAUUGUGCUUACCUCGGUGUGGAACUGACAGACUUUUAGUUGUUGCACUUGCUCUUUUCAGUUUUGGGGGUCAAAUACUAUUAACAUUAGCUUUACAGAUGGAACAAGCAGGACCAGUUGCAAUAGCAAGGUCAGCAGACAUAGUUUUUGCCUUUUUUUGGCAGGUUUUAUUUUUCAAUGAAAUACCAAAUCCUUAUUCAGUAGGAGGAGCAAUUGUAGUUACAAGUUCAGUUCUAUUAACAGGAUUAAGAAAAUGGGCUCUUUCAUUACCAGAGACAUCUAAUGUUAAAAAGUCUUUAGGUAUUUUGGUGAUGUAAAUUAUAAAUUAUAAAUAAAAAACAUAGUGUUAAAAUUAUAUUAUUUCAUUAAAAUUCUUGUUAUGCAAUUUUAAUAAAAAAAAAGAUUGAAUUAUAAAUAUAAUUUUAAUUCAUAUAAGUCUUUAAAGUUUUAUAAAAUCAAAUUAGAUCUUCGAUCUAAGAUAUUCCAUUAAUCCAUGACAUUUAUUAUAUCAUACAUUAUAAACUUAAUAUGUGAAAUUAAUAUUGAAUACAAGAUUAUUAAAUUCUUAAAAUAUUAAUUAUUUAUAAUUGAUGCCCAAAUUAUGAAAUAUUAAUUUUUGACAUAAAAUAUAAAAAAAUGGAUUUCAUUUAAUUAAAGUGUCAUUAAAUUUCAUAAAAAUGAUUAUUGCAUAAAAAAUGAUAUUAAUAAUUAUUUUAAAUCUCUUAAUAAGUUUUCAUUCAUAGGAUUUUGCUAUAAUAUUAUCCUGCUGUUUCAUGAAAAUAUCGCUAAUACUAUUUAUUACACAUUGUUGUAUUUUCCUAAUAAAUUAUUGAUUGUCACUAUAUAAAUUCUAGUCUAAAACUCAGUAUUAUAAAAAAACUCUUCAGAUAUAUUUUAAUAUGUUUCCUAUAUGUAAGUUUUGAUUUUAUGUGAUAUAUAAUAUCUGUAUUCUGCAUUAUAUACGCGAUAUCAAAGCACUUUCUUAUACUUUACUAUACAUUUUAAAAUGUAAAUUCUUAUGUAAAUAUAAAUAAUAUAAUUGAAUUAAAAUAAAAUAUUAGAGAGUGCACAAAUGUUAAGGAAUAUAAAUUUAUUCAAACAAAAUUUGUUAUUUGAUAUUUCCAUGCUAAUAAAAUUACGCAUGAUGUGUAAUACAAAAAUCUUUAAAAUCAAUCUCUAAAAAAGUAACACUAUUCAUUAUCAGUCUUACGAUGUAAUUUAUAUUGUUAAUUGCAUUAUUCUAUAUACAUGUGAAAUGUAAAGAAGAGUAAAUACAUACGUAUUUUAAAUAGAAAUAUCCAAAAAUAAGUAUUUCAUUUCUGUUUUUCAUUGUUUCUGAUCUUGAAAUAAAUUAUAGUGCUUAAUACUAACUUUGUAGUAUUUUAAAAAAUUUUGUAAGAAUCGUUUAUUUGAUAAUAAAUAAAUACUGGAAUAUUUAAAUAAGUUAUAAUUUAUAAUAAAUAAAUAGAAAAUUAUGUAAACUUCUAAAAUAUUGUUGUGUAUGAUACAAAUAGCAAUACAAUAAAGUUUGUAUUGAAGUGUUUAUACUAAUUUAUUUUAUUACCAAUAUAUUUUUGAAAACAUGAUUUUAGUUCUUAAACUAAAAUUUUAAGUUUUAUAAAUAACUACAUAAAUCAUAAAAAAGACUAAUUUCUUCUUAAAGAAAUGACAAAUAAUUCUCUUAAAAUUUAUCAUAAAUUUUGAAAAUUUGAUUUCAUAAUGUUGAUAUAUAUAUAUAUAUAUAUAUAUAUAGCAUAUAUAUAUAGAUACAUACAUAGAUAUGGUUAG